AUGCUGCUCGCAGUUGGGGCAGUCGCAAGUGUCAUCGCCCUCCUCGCCCGUUACGAUGGCAGGCCACUGCCAAGCUGGCCGUACGAGAUCACACUGAACGCGUUGAUUGCGGUCCUGACGACGGUAGCCAACGCGUCCAUGGCAUUCCCCGUAUCUAGCGGGUUAGGUCAGCUGAAAUGGGAGAGGAUGAAGAAAGGAUAUGCACCGCUAGCGGACAUGGAGGUCCUCGACGAUGCAAGCCGGGGGGCUUGGGGGGCUGUCAAUAUGCUACGUAGGCUCCGUGGUGGGGUGUUCGGCUCAUUAGGCGCAGUUGCCGUGGUAGUGGCCCUCUUCCUGUCUCCCUUUGCGCAACAGGUCAUCAUAUAUCGCACAUUGCCACAGGAGUCAGAGACGGGCGCAACCAACUAUCGAGCGAUGAAUUUCACGGUGGCCUUGCCGAGUCUUGACUCAGCCGUGCCAUUCGUUCCGGUCCUCCCCAUCAAGUCCGCCGUCUACAAUGGACUAUUUGCUGAGAACAACAAACCUUGGACAAGCCUCCCUGUCAGCUGUGAGACUGGCAACUGCACGUGGGAGCCCUUCGAUACUCUCGCGGUCUGCAACUCCUGCGUGGACAUGACACCAUAUCUCCAGCGUGACUGUACCUCCGAUGAUGAGGAAUGCGGGUGGAAGCUGUUGUCCGGGCCUGUCUCGAACAAAAGCGACGUCUUCAGCAUGCAUGACAUCCCAGAUGGUGGAGCACCUUGGUCGACCAUCAUGAAGUUGACGUUCAUGGGAACCGAGAGCAGCACCGCUGAGGCAGGAAAUGUCCAGCCCUGGGCUCGUCAAUGCACUCUCUCUGCGUGUGUGCAGACAAUUCAAUCUCACAUCAUACAUGGAAACCUGGUGGAGAACGUCACGCACAGAGUCGAAAACAACACGGUCAUGUCAUCCAGCAGGGCCAUCACAGACCUGGCCCCUAUCGUCGUCACAGCCGACGCAGAAUAUAACACUUCCUCCCCGGCCGCUCCAUAUGUCCUUUCUGCCGAGGCAAUGUUGGGCAUGCAGUCAUGGUUUGCACAGCUCUUCGCCAACGGGUCUGCCACCCGGACCGACUCCGUCAUCAACACGACCUUGACUUCCGCUGCCAACGCACCGAUCGCCGUCAACCUCACCGUCGGAAUCUCGUCCGGUGCCACCUUUUUCGACACAGACAUCGUGCAAGCCUUCUACUGGAACUACUACGAGUACCCGUCCGGGCUCGACAUGCUCAUGAACGACCUGAGCGUAUCCCUGACUGUCGCUUUCCGCAGCCUCUGGGGGGCCGAGGCUGUCAACGGAACUGCUUUCACGAACGAAUCGUUCGUGUAUGUCCGCUGGGGCUUCAUAACGCCCCUCAUUCUGUCAGUUGCGUUGACUGCAGGCUUCUUAGCUCAGGCGAUCUACCGCAGCUGGAGAUGCGGUGCCAAGUUGUGGAAGAGCAGCUUGCUAGCCGUUUUGUUCCACGGUCUCGAAGACGACGUGAGGGAGAGAUUUGUUGAUGUUGGUGAGUUUGGGUUACAGCGGCUCAUUGCCAGAGAUGUUAAAGUAAGACUGGAUGAGGACGUUGCGGCUGGAGGCCUGCUGAGGGCCGAACGCAUGUAUUAA